CCUGAGCAAAUCAGAAGAUGAGCUCCAGAGGAAAAGAACUUGAGCUUUAUUUCAGCACCGCAGGCAGCGGACAGAGUCAGAGAGCAGAGGAAGGAGAGGAGCUGGACUAUCCUGUUCAAGGUCCAUGGUGAAUAUGUCAGAAGGUCCCUUUGAGGAUUCAGACUACAUCUGUUCCUAUGGGAUGACGUUGACCUGGGACAUAAAUGACCCCAAGUUGCCACAGGAGCCCAAGCACUUGGAUUCUUUCCAGGAGUGGCCUGAUGGUUAUUUACGGUUCAUCUAUUCCAACGAGGAUAAAAAUGCCCAGCGGCAUCUUAGUGGCUGGGCCAUGCGCAACACCAACAACCACAACUGCCAAAUCCUUAAGAAGUCCUGCCUUGGUGUGGUGGUGUGUGCCAGAAACUGCACCUUGCCAGAUGGGACCAAACUGCAGCUCCGGCCUGCUAUAUGUGAUAAGGCUCGCCAAAAGCAACAGAAAAAACACUGUCCAAACUGCAGUUCAGCCCUUGAAUUAAUUCCUUGCCGGGGCCAUAGCGGCUAUCCAGUAACCAACUUCUGGAGGCACGAAGGCAAAGCAAUAUUUUUCCAGGCCAAGGGAAUCCAUGACCAUCCUAGACCAGAGAGUAAAUCAGAGACAGAAGCCAGAAGAAGCGCACUUAAAAAGCAAACACCACCCUCUCACUUGUCCCAGAAAAAAAGGCUUCUGGACUUUCAGACAGGAACAUGUAAUGAGAAUGGCAACCACUUUCAUUACCUUCAUCGCCUCACAUGUGAAGAAAGACCAGAACAAUUCAAUCUAAUUACAGAUGCCAAUUUACCACUCCUAGCUCAGCCUCCCCAUUUGUUUCAAAAUACUGAACCUUACAAAGUUGCUGGUGACACAGCCAGAUUUCAAGGGGAUGUGGUAUCACCACUCCAGAAGUACUCAACUCCUCAAAUCUAUACACCUAAGCCAAGUUGUGGCUAUGAAUGUGCGUUUACUAGUUGUAUUGGUUCCAGCUCGCACCCAACGUUCCACAAAGAUCUGAUGGAGAUUCCAGUGGAUCCUGAUCAUGUAAUGUUAAAUGGACUUCAAUAUUGCAUAAAUUCACUAAAUGCCUAUGAAAAGAGCUUUGAUGGCAUCCAUAAACCUCAUGGAUUGCAACAGCCCUUAAGGGAAACUAGCUAUGGGGAAAGGACUGGCUAUGGGCUGAGUCAAGCCAACACAAAUCAUCCUCAUCAUUAUAGUGAAGAAUAUGCUAGCAGAUAUAGUAGUCAUUCUCCUCUGGAAGUUCCAGCUUUGCAAACUGUUAUAACUACAACUACUAAGAUGUCCUAUGAAGCUUACAAAUCUCCUGCAGUGAAGUAUGGCAACAAUGUUUAUGAUGCAAAAGAUCUCCUGAGUUGUUCCCUGUCAGAGAACAUUUCAGGAAACAUCUGCUCAGAGAUAAAAGUAGAAGAAGACUGGGGAAUGGUUAAAUCAAAUUUGCUUGGUGAGCAUUUUCUGACUACCAGCAAGGCAGAACUUGUUGAGUCAAUAGAUACUGGGAAAGGUUAUACUGUACUGGAUAUGAGAGACAGACAUUUUGAUGUUGAGAAUAUGGAAUACUGAGCCUUGGGUACAGUAAUAUUCUAUAUUGGCUGACAUCCAGACCAUCAAAGAGCUUGUGCAAUGAAGAACGUUGCGCUAGUGCAAGAAAAUUAUAGCUGCACAGAGUCAUGAGAAUGUUUGAAACUGCACUCUUGUGCCAUUGUGCAGAAGUUCCCUGAAAAACAUAUGACAUGUGCCACAGGUUGUGCACCUUGCUGCACAAGUGCACACGUUUGUGCUAGUUCAACACUAGUCUGGAAUGCAAGCUCCAGACUUAGCACAACAGCCUUGCACUAGUGCAGCAUGUUUGCACAGGCAUUUCAUUUGUCUGGUAUCAGCCAACGUGUUUAUAUAUAAUAAAAAUGACAAAAAGAUUCUGUAAUUUUUGUUUUAGAAAUCUAUUGAUUUGAGGAGAUUUGGUCAGUGCUGAAGGUCAAGCUAUUCAUUCUUAAUCCCUUGCCAAGUGCUGGUUUGCCAACCGUGGAUCUGAGUAUCUGCGACUGGCAAACUGUCACACACCCCCUUGCCAAUUGCGACUUGAGUAUUCAUGGUUGGUGGCAUUCAAAACAUUUUUUGGCCAAUUUCUGGGGUCACAGGGUCAAUCCAUGGUCAGGGGGUCA